AUGGCGGUUAUCGCCCACAAAUGCCCUUCCAUUGAAGUAGCGGUGGUUGAUAUUUCAGUCUCUCGGAUCACCGCCUGGAACAGCGAUCAGCUUCCGAUCUACGAGCCCGGGCUCGACGACGUCGUCAAAUCUUGCAGAGGGAAGAAUCUGUUCUUCAGCACUGAUGUCGAGAAGCAUGUUGCAGAAGCUGACAUCAUAUUUGUUUCAGUCAACACUCCGACGAAGACCCGCGGUCUCGGCGCCGGGAAGGCGGCGGAUCUGACGUAUUGGGAAAGCGCGGCAAGAAUGAUUGCUGACGUGUCAAAAUCCGACAAGAUUGUAGUCGAGAAAUCAACAGUUCCCGUGAAAACAGCUGAAGCAAUCGAGAAGAUCCUCACUCAUAACAGCAAAGGAAUCAACUACCAGAUCCUCUCAAACCCUGAAUUCCUCGCGGAAGGAACCGCGAUAGAUGACCUUUUUGCCCCUGACCGAGUGUUGAUCGGCGGGAGAGAAACGCCGGAAGGGCAGAAAGCGAUUCAAGCAUUGAAAAACGUUUACGCGAAUUGGGUCCCGGAGGAGAGGAUCAUCUGCACGAAUUUAUGGUCGGCGGAGUUGUCAAAGCUAGCAGCUAACGCCUUUUUAGCACAAAGGAUAUCAUCGGUGAACGCCAUGUCAGCGCUCUGCGAGGCCACCGGAGCUGACGUGGCGGAGGUGUCUCAUGCUGUAGGUAAGGACUCGAGAAUCGGAUCUAAGUUCUUAAACGCGAGUGUUGGAUUCGGUGGAUCUUGUUUCCAGAAAGAUAUCUUAAACCUGGUUUACAUCUGCGAAUGCAACGGGUUACCGGAAGUUGCAAAUUACUGGAAACAAGUGAUUAAAGUGAACGACUACCAGAAAUCCCGAUUUGUGAACCGGAUUGUUUCAUCGAUGUUCAACACAGUUUCCGGGAAGAAGAUUGCGAUUUUAGGGUUUGCUUUCAAGAAAGACACCGGAGACACGAGGGAAACUCCGGCGAUCGAUGUCUGCAAAGGGUUGCUGGGGGAUAAAGCUCGAUUGAGCAUAUACGAUCCACAGGUGACUGAAGAUCAGAUUCAGAGAGACUUAUCGAUGAACAAGUUUGAUUGGGACCACCCGGUGCAUCUGCAACCGAUGAGCCCUAGCUCGGUGAAGCAGGUGAGUGUGGAGUGGGAUGCAUAUGCGGCGGCGAAGGGUGCUCAUGCGCUGUGUAUACUGACGGAGUGGGAUGAGUUUAAGAAGCUGGAUUACCGGAGGAUUUAUGAGAGCAUGCCGAAACCGGCGUUUGUGUUUGAUGGGAGGAACGUGGUGAAGGCUGAUGAGUUGAGGGAGAUUGGGUUUGUGGUGUACUCUAUUGGGAAGCCAUUGGAUCCAUGGUUGAAGGAUAUGCCUGCCGUUGCAUAA